GGAAGCUGUAGCGUUAACCGUUUCGUUGCCUCUCUCUGGUGUUUGUGUGUGCAAAGGUCAGAUGUUUCCAUCGGUUGUGAAGAAGAGGAGUGGAGUCGGGACCUGCUAAGUGCUGAUCUGCUUGUGCUCCGGACCAUGGACUCAUUGAGGGCGUCCCAGGUGUGAAAAUGUCCAGCGGUAACCGGGAGUUAGUGAUUGACUUUGUUUCCUACAAGCUCUCGCAGAAGGGACACAGCUGGAGUCAGCUGGAGGAGGAGGAUGAGAACAGGACUGACUUUGCAGCGGAGGAGGCCGAGAUGGACGGCGUCCUCAACGGGAGCCCCUCCUGGCACCUCACCGCCAGCCACGUCGUGAACGGAGCCACCGUGCACCGGAGCAGCCUCGAAGUCCACGACAUCGUUCAAGCAGCUGACGUGAGGCAGGCGCUGAGAGAGGCGGGGGAUGAGUUUGAGCUGAGGUACCGGCGGGCUUUCGACGACCUCACUUCCCAGCUCCACAUCACCCCCGGCACGGCGUACCAGAGCUUUGAGCAGGUCGUGAACGAACUUUUCCGCGAUGGAGUGAACUGGGGUCGCAUCGUGGCUUUCUUCUCCUUCGGAGGAGCCUUGUGUGUGGAGAGCGUUGACAAGGAGAUGCGGGUAUUGGUGGGACGCAUUGUGUCUUGGAUGACCACGUACUUGACCGACCACCUAGAUCCCUGGAUCCAGGAGAAUGGCGGAUGGGAGGCUUUCCUGGGGCAGUUGCUCUGGCCACGGCCAGAUUCCCAGAGCUGGGAAGUUCCAGCAAUGAUCCCGGUGGGGAUCAGGAGUCACGAGGGGGGAGAGAUCUGGUGA